AUGCCCCCGUCCCCCGCCGUCGCCCGCGCCGUGGACGAUCUCGCCCAAGACCUCCGUCGCGGUCGAUACGACGCCGUCCAAGCGCGCGCGUUGGCCAAACGCGUCGCCGAGACCUUGAUCGCCACCGUCGCCACGGCCUCGAGCGAGGCCUCGCUCGAUGACAUCGUUCGAGCGACGCGUGAGGUCGGUGGCGCGCUCGCGGUGGUGAAACGCGAACACUUUUUAGUGGGCAACGUCGCCCGACGCAUCCUGCGCGUGAUUCGCGACGAAGGCGCGCGCGCGGCGGCGGAUCGGGCGAACGCGAACGCGGCGGGCGACGGGACGACGCGGACGCCAGAGGCGAUGAGUAAAAAGCUCAAGGGCGACGUGAUCGACACCGCGCACGAGGUGACGGAGGAGAUGGAGGCGGCGGCGUCGCACGUGGCGGCGCAGUCGGGGGAUUUCGUGACGAGUGGCGCGGUGGUGAUGACGACGCCGAGCGCGGGGGCGGGCACGGGGUUGACGGAGGCGUUUCUGAGAGACGCGAUGAAAAAGCGAGGCGGUGAGGGAUUCGGUGUGAUCGUCGCGGAGGGCGCGCCGAGGUGCGAUGGACACGCGAUGGCGAGGAGUUUGGCCGAGCGAGGGGCGAAAGAUGUGAGCGUGAUUUGUGAUAGCGCGGUGUACGCGACGAUGCCAAACGUAAAGUUGUGCGUGUUGAGCGCCGUCGGCGUCUUAGCGGACGGUACCGCGCUCACGAGGAGUGGGGCGUAUAACAUCGCGCUCGCGGCAAAGGCGCACUCCGUCCCGGUGAUCGUGCUCGCGGGUUCGUACGUGAUCAGUCCGAAAUCGCGCGACGAGGAUGGGUUCGAUCGAGCCGUCGGUCUCGGUUCGCCGGCGACGGCGCUCGGGUACGGAGAGAAAGGGGCCGAUCCCGACGCCGUCGUCAUCAAUCCCGCGCUCGAGUACGUCCCGCCUGAGCUCAUCUCCGUCUUCGUCACCGAUCACGGCGCGCACUGCCCGGGUUUCAUCAAGGUUUUGCUCGACGAAAUGUACUCCCCGCUCGACGUCAAGUUACUCGAUGGCUAG